AUGGAAUUCCCUUCACUCAUGAUUGAGACGAACUGUGGUCAUCGAUUUUGUGCUGAGUGUUUUAUUCUUCAUUGGAAACGGACGAUAUAUUCACGUAUCAUAUCCUGUCCUAUGUGUCGUGGACGAGUUUCAACUUUGACUAAAUUAUUCACCGCAGAAGAGUUGCAACGUGAGAACACUAGACGAUCAAAAAUUGAAGCAGAUUUACGAUUAUUCAAUCGUUGGCAUUCAGGCGAACCGAUUUCAAUAAUUGGUCGUAUUAAAGACAUUCCGCUAUUUGUUUAUGGAUUUAUACAAUUAUUACUUAGUGGUGAAGGCACAUUCGCUUUGAUGCAAAUCCGUUUAACUUUGUUGGGUUUAUGCGUUUUGUUUUAUUUGAUUACACCUUUCGAUUUUAUUCCGGAUGUAGUUGCCGGUUUCAUAGGAAUUUUAGAUGAUAUCAUAGUUUUAUGUAUAUUUAUUAUUCAUGUCAUCUCUGUGUAUCAGACAAUUUCUUCAAGACGAGAACUGAAUAGCCGAUAAAAAUCCUCUAUGUAAAUCUUUAUCCUAUGUAUAUUAUACAAUAGAUCGCGUCUAAUUCUGUGACUAUCCAUGACUACGAAU